GGAGAAAGACCUGAAUGCAAAGUUUAUUAUUUCAAUGGAAAAAAAUAAAACAACAAUCACAAACUUAAAGAUACCAGAGGGUGGAACUGGAGACACAGGAAGAGAAAGAACAAAGACAUUUACCUAUGAUUUUUCAUAUUUCUCAGCAGAUAGUAAAAGUCCCAGCUUUGUGUGCCAAGAAACGGUUUUCAAAAAUCUUGGUACAGAUGUUCUUAAAUCUGCUUUUGAAGGUUAUAAUGCUUGUGUUUUUGCAUAUGGGCAGACUGGAUCUGGAAAGUCCUACACUAUGAUGGGAAAUGCGGGUGAUGCUGGUUUAAUACCUCGAAUUUGUGAAGGAUUAUUCAGCAAAAUAAGUGAAAAAACAAAGCGCAAUGAAGCAUCCUUUCGAACAGAGGUCAGUUAUCUGGAAAUUUAUAACGAACGCGUGAGAGAUCUUCUCAGGCGGAAGUCAUCAAAAACUAAUAAUUUACGAAUACGAGAACAUCCAAAAGAGGGGCCCUAUGUUGAGGAUUUGUCUAAACAUUUAGUGCAAAAUUAUACUGAUGUAGAGGAACUUAUGGAUGCAGGAAAUAUAAAUCGAACUACAGCUGCAACCGGAAUGAAUGAUGUCAGCAGCAGGUCUCAUGCCAUUUUCACAAUCAACUUCACUCAGGCUAAAUUUGAUUCUGAAAUGCCUUGUGAGACUGUUAGCAAGAUUCAUUUGGUAGAUCUUGCUGGAAGUGAGAGAGCAGAUGCCACCGGUGCCACAGGGGUUAGAUUGAAGGAAGGGGGGAAUAUUAACAAGUCGCUAGUUACUCUGGGUAAUGUCAUUUCUGCCUUAGCUGAUUUAUCUCAGGACGCAACAAAUCCUCUUGCAAAGAAGAAGCAAGUAUUUGUGCCUUACAGAGACUCUGUGUUGACUUGGCUGUUAAAAGAUAGCCUAGGAGGAAAUUCAAAAACUAUAAUGAUUGCCACUAUAUCACCUGCUGAUGUCAAUUACGGAGAAACUUUAAGUACACUUCGCUAUGCAAAUAGAGCCAAAAACAUCAUCAACAAGCCUACUAUUAAUGAGGAUCCUAACGUCAAACUGAUCCGUGAGCUGAGAGCUGAAAUAGCCCGAUUAAAAGCCUUGCUUGCUCAAGGGAAUCAGAUUGCGCUCCUGGAUUCUCCAACAGCUUUAAGUAUGGAAGAAAAGCUUCAGCAGAAUGAAGCAAGGGUGCAAGAACUGACCAAAGAGUGGACAAACAAAUGGAAUGAAACCCAAAAUAUUCUAAAAGAACAAACCUUGGCUCUUAGGAAAGAAGGGAUAGGUGUUGUGUUAGAUUCUGAACUGCCUCAUCUAAUUGGCAUUGAUGAUGAUCUUCUUAGUACUGGUAUCAUCUUGUAUCACUUGAAGGAGGGCCAAACGUAUGUUGGCAGAGAAGAUGCUAUGACAGAACAGGAUAUUGUUCUUCAUGGCCUUGAUUUGGAGAGUGAGCAUUGCAUCUUUGAAAAUCUCAAUGGUACUGUGAAUCUAAUACCACUGAAUGGAGCUCAGUGUUCUGUGAAUGGUAUUCAGAUUACAGAAGCCACACAACUAAACCAAGGUGCUGUUAUAUUACUUGGAAGAACCAAUAUGUUUCGCUUUAACCACCCCAAAGAAGCUGCCAAGCUAAGGGAAAAAAGAAAGAGUGGACUGCUGUCUUCCUUCAGCUUGUCUAUGACAGAUCUUUCAAAAUCUUGUGAGAACCUGUCAGCAGUUAUGCUUUAUAAUCCAGGUCUUUUCCCUGUGAAAGGACCGAUCUGUCUAAGACUAGAAUUUGAGAGACAACAACGGGAGGAGCUUGAAAAGUUGGAAAGUAAAAGGAAACAAAUAGAAGAAAUGGAAGAAAAGCAAAAGUCUGACAAGGCAGAACUUGUAAGAAUGCAACAAGAAGUAGAGUCACAGCGCAAAGAAACAGAAAUAGUGCAGCUGCAAAUUCGAAAACAGGAAGAGAGUCUGAAACGGCGAAGUGUACACAUUGAGAGCAGGUUAAAGGAUUUGCUGGCUGAAAAAGAAAAAUUUGAAGAAGAGAGGUUACGAGAGCAACAGGAGAUAGAGCUUCAAAAAAAAAAGCAGCAGGAAGAAAUUUUUGCUCGGGUCAAAGAAGAGUUGCAGCGACUACAAGAACUUAAUCAUAAUGAAAAAGCAGAGAAAAUGCAGAUUUUCCGAGAACUAGAAAAACUUAAAAAAGAAAAAGAUGAGCAAUAUAUCAAGCUGGAAUCAGAAAAAAAGAGACUUGAAGAACAAGAGAGGGAGCAAGUGAUGUUGGUGGCUCAUCUAGAAGAACAGCUUCGAGACAAACAGGUCAUGAUAGAGCUACUGAAGAGAGGAGAUGUUCAGAGAGUUGAAGAUGAGAAAAAAGGUCUUGAAGAUAUUAGAGAAUCUCUUUUGAAAGUCAAGGAAGCCCGAUCUGAAGGUGAUGAAAACUGUGAAGAGUUAGAAACAGCACAGCAUAAUUUCAUGGAGUUCAAAAGAAAGCAGCUAGAACAGUUGAAUAUUUUAGAGAAAGAUUUAGUUCAACAAAUGGAUCACCUAGAAAAGGAAGUAGCACGUGAGAAAGGAGCUCUGGACCACUUGAAAUGUGCACAUGAAGAACAUAUAGAUAUCGUCAAGAAAGAGGAUGAAAACUUUGUGGAUGCUGUACUCAAGGCUGAAGAAUUUGACAAGGUAAAGCCAGCAGAAUAUAGGCUCCAGUCUAAAGCACGCCAGCUGGAAUACCUGAGGAAUAAUCAUUUGCCAGCUCUGCUGGAAGAGAAGCAAAGAGCUUCUGAAGUCCUUGAUAGAGGCUUGUUAGGUUUAGAUAAUACUCUCUAUCAGAUUGAGAAAGAAAUAGAAGAAAAAGAAGAGCAGCUUGCCCAGUAUAGAGCUAGCACAAACCAGUUGCAGCAGCUUCAAGAAACGUUUGAAUUCACAGCCAACGUAGCUCGCCAGGAAGAAAAGGUUCGGAAGAAGGAAAAGGAAAUCCUUGAAUCAAGGGAAAAACAGCAGAGAGAGGCACUGGAACAAGCUGUUGCUAAGUUAGAAAGGAGGCACUCUGCUUUGCAACGUCGUUCCACGAUAGACUUUGAAAUUGAGGAGCAGAAACAGAAGCUUGCCACCUUGAACAACAGCUGCAGUGAACAGGCAGGUCUGCAGGCUAGUCUAGAAGCUGAGCAAAAAGCCCUGGAACAAGACAGGGAACGCCUGGACCAAGAAAUUCAGCAGCUGAAGCAAAAAAUAUAUGAGGGCGAUGGUGCACAGAAAGGAAAUCAUGGCAUAUUAGAGGAGAGACUUUCCCAUGCCAAUUCCCCUACGAGCCCAACAAAACCACAGCCAUCCUCUGUUCCACUAGUUGAUGAUAGGAUAAAUGCCUUUAUUGAACAAGAAGUGCAGAGACGGCUUCAAAAUAUUCAUCGCAAAUCUGAGGAUAGCCAUGCUAGCCUGUCCUGGUCUACAGAAAGUUUAAAGGAUAACGAGAGGCUUAAUAAUGGCACUGCUCAACGCAAGCUAAAGUAUGAGCGGAUGGUCUGUCGUUCUCUGGGAGCAAGUCCAGAUGACCUAAAGGACCCAAUUAAAAUUAGUAUUCCACGCUAUGUCCUGUGUGGACAGGGAAAGGAUGAACACUAUGAGUUUGAAAUAAAGAUAACAGUUCUGGAUGAGACAUGGACAGUGUUCAGGCGAUACAGUCGUUUUCGGGAAAUGCAUAAAACUUUAAAAUUAAAGUACCCAGAGCUUGCUACUUUAGAAUUCCCUCCGAAGAAGCUCUUUGGAAACAAGGAUGAACGAGUGAUUGCGGAACGACGGAGUCACUUAGAGAAAUACCUCAGGAGCUUUUUCUCUGCAAUGCUGAAAUCUCCAUCGUCUCCACUGCACAUUGAUAAAGUGGGACUGACUCUAUCAAAACACACCAUUUGUGAAUUCUCUCCCUUCUUCAAGAAAGGUGUUUUUGACUAUAGCAGUCACGGCACCAGCUAACUUUUGUGCCAGGCCCCUUAUGCCAAAGUGGUGCCUUCCCGCUGAGAUGUGAGAGAAAUGGAGUGGGGAAAAAAAGGUAUCUUCUCCCAUGCCUGCCAAGUGUCCUCAGAACUUCUCCAGUUGAAGAUGUAUGCGCCCUGACGCUAGCCUUUGUUCUCUACCAGUUCUCGUAUUAGUGCCUGCGUUUUACUGGCAGGGGAUGUACAGACUCUUUUUUUUUUGAUUUGCGCUGUCAAUAAUGUACAAAAAUCCUGACUCUUAUGCUGUGUUUGCAGCCACUCAUUAAUGGGAGUACUUCCUUUACAUUCGCUCAGACAAUUCGUUGAGAUCGUGCAAGACCAUCGCCUGUUUACUGUGGCUACGUGGUCAUAAUGAGAGAGGUUUUUGAGCAGCCAGGUUCCUUUCAGUUUCUAUCCAAGCUGUUCCUUGAAGAACAUAUCCUGGUUUCGUUUCCUUAUAACGUUCUGUGGCCUUUAAGGUAAUGCUUAUACUCCAUUGUUGUUUGUUUUUUCCCUGGAGAUACAUUUUAUCUAUUUGACUGUAUAGUUUUCCUCAGAAUUAAAGCACCUCGGUGACUUGAAUGUUUACAAAAUGUGUGCAACAGAAAGAAUAUAAUUUAAACCCUAUAAAAGUCUUCCACACUUGAUUAUGUUGAAGCAGAAUGAAUCACUUGCCGUUAAUUAAACAGUAAAGGAAGCAAUAGUUAUUGAAGAAUGCGGUCAGCAUCUUUUCACAUUUUCUAAUUACCUAGAAGGUAACUGGAUACUGUGCACUGUACAGAGCUCAGAGCUAUGCAUAAGCCUAAUGCAAAGUACUUUUUUUUUUUUUUUUUGAAAAAUGGCUUCUUCAGAACAGCGUAACACUGUAAUAUCUGAGUUUUAUUUGCAUAAUUUAAAAUUUACGGGAUUUUGCUAAUAGUACUUUAAAAUUACUCAGGACUCAUUCAUAAUUGCACAUGUAUAUACAGAUAGAACUCAUUUUGUAUUGCUGUGGAUCCAAAAAAAUAUACACUGUGACUGCAAUUGGGUACCUGUACAUGUUUAUGUAUAAUUGGUUGUAUAAAAAUCAGAAGCAAACAACUUUCAGGCAUUAAAAUGCAUAAUGAAGUGUGCUUUUGUGUGCCAUUUGUUAGGAGUAUUAAGCAUUGUUUAUGAGUUGCCAUCUCUUAGCUCUGGUAGGUCUUAAUAAUCAAACUAUUUCAUGUUGUGGAAAAUGAUUAUUAAAACCCAACCUGACAACA